AUGCAUGGAUCUUUACUUGAUUCACAUCGUCGAUCAUCAAUGAGUAGUCAAGAAGCAGAUGCUAUAUCAACAUCUGAACAUGUACUCACAGAAGAAAAAUCUCUUAAUAAUAAAUUAUCAACUGGAAAUCAGAAACAUAUAACAUCAUUAACAAAUUAUCCAAAAAAUUCAUCUGUACAUCUUAAAGAUGUUAUUGAAGAUGAUGAUGAUGAUAAAGAACCAAAAGUAUCCGUAACACAUUCAGCUGAUUUCUUUCGUUGGACACAUGGUCAUCGACGUGUAAUGUUAACAUUUGGUACCAUAUGUUUAUUUGCUUUUAUGACUGGUGUUGAAUAUGCAGUUAUUUUACCUACUGCUUUUGACUAUGUUCAAUCAAUGUCAAAUGCUAGUAUUCAUGUUGGUUUAAUACUUUCCUCUUAUAGUAUAUCUGGUUCGAUAACUGGAGUUAUAAUGGGAAAAAUUUCUGAUACAACUGGCAAAGUUAAAAUUCUUAUAUUAGUAUCAAAUAUUUUUGCAAUAGGUGGUAAUAUCUUAUAUUUUGUUACAAAUAAUAUUCAUAUUGUUCUAUUGGGACGAUUAAUUUCUGGAGUUGGUAUGGGUGCUGUACCUCCAAUAUUGGCAGAUGUAGCUCAUCGUACAACAGAAAAAGAUCGAACAAAAGCUAUUGCUAUUAUUCUUGGAAGUCGACAACUUGGUUUAUUAAUUGGUCCAUGUUUUACACUUCUUGUACGAAAGAUGGAUUUUUAUAUUGGUUCUGUUCAUGUUAAUAAAUUAAAUGGUCCAGGAUUUUUAAUGGCAUCUAUUUGGUUAAUAUUACAUAUUGUUUGUUGGUUUUGUUUCUAUGAUCGAACUCCAUCAACAACAACAGGACCAACAACAUCAGAUGAUUCUCCAAAACAUAAAUAUACACGAUCUGAUCAUCCAUCAAAACAAGAUCAACAGAAAUUAUCAUCAAAAAUUUAUCGUGAACAAUAUAUACGUAUAGAAAUGUUUGUUUUAUUUUUUGCAACAUUUAUAGCUUAUUUUAACCAAACCGCAUUAGAAACAAUAGUCUCAGCAUUUACAGAAAAGAAUUUUCACUGGACUACUGUAGAUACAUCUAUUUUAUUUGCUUUUGCUGGCUUAGAAAUUAUUAUUAUUUAUGUAUUACUUGUAUUUAUUUUAUCAAAACGUUUCGAAGAUCGAUUUUUACUUGUCUUUGGCUUUCUAUCAGUAACAACUGCUUGUAUAUUAGGAACAUUUUUUACUUGGGCAUCUUAUUCAUAUGGUUGGUCAGCUCAAUCAGCUAGUGGUUCUGUUGAUAAACGUUUUUUGGCAAUGUUUAUUGUUUUCGUUAUUCUUGAUUUACUUGGUUUACCAUUUUUAGCAGCAACAAGUGUAUCACUAUUUACAAAAUUAACAGUUAAAGAAUUACAAGGAUUUUCACAAGGUAUUCAACGAUUUAUUAUGGGUAUAGGAACAAUAAUUGGUCCAUUAUUUGCAUCAGCACUACUGAGUAAUCUUCAUAUUAUGAUGACAACAAUGCUUAUACUUACUGUACUUACUCUUAUUGCUUUAUCGUUUGUACUUAAACGUUUACGUAUAACACCACAAAAACCAAAUCCAUCUGAAGAUAAAGAUGCAAAUAAUAAUCUUAAUGUUAGUUCAUCAAUUGGAGAUGAUAGUGAUGAACCAGCAUUACCAUUAGCAUCAAAAAAUUGUUAUAUUACACUUGUUCAACAUGAUGAUGAACAAAAUGAAUGUUUAUAUAAACGUAAUUCAUUAACAAAACAUUUAUCAACAAAUCUUGAUUCACAAAUACGUCCACCACCACCACCGCCACCACCAACAAAUAAUUCACUUUGUUAUGAUACAAGUUCAACUAAUGUACUUUGUAUAACAGAUGAACAAAAUCGAAUUCCAGUAAAAAAUUUAAAAAAAUGA